UUCCUUCUCUCUUGAAAACUUUUCCUCUCUCAAAUCUCAACCCAUAUUUGUUCCUUCUCUCUCUUUGAUUCCACAGAAAUCUCUCUUCCUUCAAAUCCUCCAUUGGAGGAGCUUAGGCCUUGUUGGUGUUCAGAUCUUUGGUUUGUUUGGAAAAAAAUUGAAAAUAAAAAGGAGUAUUAAUGAACACCAACGCCAUGGGAAGGUUUGAAGAGAGAGGAUUUGAUUCUGUGGUUUGCCCUAAGCCUAUACGUACCUUUAAAUGGCCUACCAAUUGUUAUAAGAGUGAGAUGGAGGAUUCAGAUGUUGGUACAGAUCUUCUCGAUAUAAUCCUCUCUAGGGGAGGAUAUGGAGCCGAGGAAUCCAACAACCAAAUAGGUUCAUCGCCGCCGUAUUUCUGCGGAUCACCACCGAGUAGGGCGGCGAACCCUUUAAUCCAAGAUGUCCGAUUCAACAACGAUAUGACACAGCUAACAUCGGCGGCACCGCCCUAUUCUCCAUCAUCAAGGGGAGGAGGGUGCGUGAGAAUGAAAUUCGGGUUUCAACCGGCGGCGAUACGAGUCGAGGGGUUCGAUUGUCUCAACCGAGAUAACCGGAAUUGCAGCAUCUCCGCCGUUGCUUAAAUUAUAACAAAAA